GACGACUUUGUCGGCUACAUUUUCUCCACAGCAGAAUAAAUGGGCUUGAUCAGCAUUUUUACUCAAAGAAACCCAAUCAACAGUAAUUUUUGUUAAGUUGGACGCCAUUGUUACCAAGAGUCAUGGUUGCUUCAGCCAUGAAGUGGGUUAAGAAAGGAAUCAAAGAGAACAUUGAAAGUACAGCCGCUGAAGAUGAAGGGCGUUUCGAUAUGCUUGGACUCGAAGUUGGAGAUACAUCUUUCCCAAGUCACAGAAGAGCUCAAAGAAGGCCAAAAGAGAACAUUUUCAAAUCAACGUUUCUUACCAUAUCUGUGAUAGUUAUUGUGACACUUCUCGUAUUGUUCUUUCCCCACGGGUUGGGAAGUUUCAGCAGGAAGCAAGUUAUUGAUGAUUUUCAACACGAGACCAAGUGCAAUCAGUCCUGCCACAUUACUUUAGUGGAAAGCAUACCUGAGGGAUUAGUUUAUCCCAAUCAAACUAUUCAGCCAUCUAUUUUUGAUAGUUGGUUAAGGCUAAUUGACAUAGCCGAGACUUCAAUUGAUAUUGCCUCUUUCUACUGGUCUCUCAAAGGUGAAGAUGUUGUUCCUCAUCCUUCAGCUUGGAAGGGAGAGAGUGUAUUCAAGCAACUGAAGGAAGCCGGGCUUGAGCGUGGCAUUCGAAUCCGUGUUGCCCAAAACCAGCCUUCGAAAUCCGCUCCAGAUGAGGACACAAGUGUGUUGGAAUCUUUGGGAGCCGCCAUCGUGCGUAACUUGGAUUUCAAUCGCUUGAUUGGAGCCGGAAUUUUACACACAAAGUUGUGGGUGGUAGACGGCAAGCAUUUCUACGUUGGAUCUGCCAACAUGGACUGGCGUGCCUUAACCCAGGUUAAAGAACUGGGAGCCACCGUUUACGACUGCCCAUGUUUGGCCAAAGACAUGUCAAAAAUUUUCCAAGUCUACUGGGCUUUAGGUGAAGAAAACGCCACGAUUCCGGACGCUUGGCCACAGGACUUGGCAACUCACAUAAAUCACACAAAUCCUUUGACGGUUGAUUUCAAUGAAACGACAUCUUCCGUCUAUUUAGCGAGCUCUCCCCCGCAACUGUGUGCAGAUGGACGGACAACAGAUUUGCAAUCUGUUUUGCACACAAUGGAACAGGCUCACCAGUACAUAAAUAUUGCUGUAAUGGAUUACAUCCCAGCCAUGCUGUACAGCCCUCAUCACCAAUACUGGCCAGUUAUCGACAACCAGCUAAGACGGCUAGCUAUCGACAAAGGCAUCAAAAUUCGGUUACUGGUUUCUCAUUGGAAACAUACCACACCUGCCAUGGCACCAUUCUUGAAAUCUCUGGCUGACAUUUCAAAAGUUUAUCCAAACGUGGACGUUCAAGUCAAAAUCUUUGUCGUUCCUGCCUUCAGUCCCGAUCAAGAGAAAAUACCAUUUGCUCGAGUCAACCAUAACAAAUACAUGGUGACCGAUAACGCUGCUUACAUAGGGACGUCCAACUGGUCUGGCGAUUACUUUAUCAAUACAGGAGGUGUAGGACUGAUAGUGAACGGCACUGGGCAAACGACGUUGCAGAGCCAGCUGAAGGAGGUUUUCGAUCGAGAUUGGAACUCUGCCUACUCUCACCCACUGGAUAGCAUCAGCGUCUAUUAAAAAAAAUAAAGAAACGAUGUUCCCAAAGAUAGUGUGAGUGUGCCAAGCAAACGGCAACAGUGUUGAGCCGUAUCUAUUUUCUCUCCUUCGUCUAUUUCUUUGUGUGUUAAGAGAGAAGAAAGAUUUACACCGACAGAGCCUGGACUCUACGACCCCCAUAUAGCACUCGAAUGUUCCAACCCUACUACGCCCCUCUUUCUCUGUCGGGAGGAUAUUCAAGUUACACACGCGCGCAUAUACACUACUACCCCGGGGUUUAUGAAUAACACAGGAGAUAAAUAAAUCGUUUCGGUUUUUCCGACACGGUACACAAACACGCUCACACGAGAAAAAAUAAAAAUACAAAUAUAACUGAAUAA